CGACAAUUUCUUACUGAUUCCAUCUGCUUUCUGGUUCCUUUUUUGGAUUGAAUGGCUGCUCCGGGGUUGAGAGAUUCGUUGGCGAAACUGCCGAUGUUUGGCGAUUCUUCCGCAAAAGCGGAUGCCUUGAAUCGACGCAAAGCGGAUGCCGUGUCCAUGCCUGGCCAAAGGUGCAAGGCGUGGAGGCUGACGGCCAAAGAUAGAAAGGAACAAGGAACAAGACAUUUUGCACAUCACGCAUUUUGUGUUUCAACAUUUUUUGCACAACGUGUUUCAAUCUUUUCGGUGUUCGGAUGUCAAAGCACAGAUUCAUGAGGUAGCUCAGCCGCAGCUGCAGCUAUUUUGUUCCUUAAAUUUUGAGAAAAGCGUCACCAUAAAAUCAGCAACCACGGCGCUCUCUCAGCUUGCUGAGUGUUUCAGUGCGAUGGGGAGCAAGCUGUCAGCAUGCCCCAUCAUGGAGCACAUGUAUGACAGUGAAGACUUUGAUUCCAACUACGAGGUGGAUGAGAGCUACACGAUUGGGACUGGCAAAUUUGCGGUGGUUCACAUGUGCCACCGACGCAGCCAACCUGAGCGGAAAUACGCUCUGAAGGUCAUCAACACACGCGUUGGCGAUAUGGCAAGCUUAAAUCGCAUCCAUGAGGAAAUUGACAUCCUGCAAGUUCUUGGCACUCACCCAGGCCUCGUGUCAAUCAUUGAUGUGGACGAGAAUAUGCCAGGGGCCAUUCGACUUGUGCUGGAGCUGUGCGAAGGUGGCGAACUCUACGAUCGAAUUCAGCAGAAGGGGUACUACCCUGAACAGGAGGCCAAAGCAGCUGUGCGGUGCCUCUUGGAAGCUGUGGCAUACAUCCACAGCCAUGGCAUCAUGCACAGGGAUUUGAAGCCUGAGAACAUAUUGUUGGCUAGCCGAGUGAGCAACACCGAGCUGAAGAUUUCUGACUUUGGCCUGGCAAAGAUGUCCAAGGACUAUCCUCGGCGGCUACCCCGCUCUCACUCAAUUUGUGGAUCAGACUUCUACUUAGCGCCUGAGGUCAUCAAGCAGGAGGAGUAUGGGCGAGAGAUUGAUAUGUGGGCGCUGGGUGUCAUUACCUUUGUUGUGCUCAGUGGAGCCUUGCCUUUCUAUCACCAAGUUCUCCACAAGCUGUAUCGCCAAAUCGUUGAACGUGAUUUGAGCUUUCCAGAUCAGGCUUGGAAGAACGUAUCGAAGGGUGCAAUGGAUUUCAUCCUCCGUUUGCUUCAGGUGCGGCCUGGUGACCGGCUCACUGCAGACCAAGCCCUCAGCCACCCAUGGCUGCGAAAUGGCACUAGUGCGCCAAGCUUCAACAGCUUCACAAGCGUGAGCAGCCAAGUUCGGAGCAGUCAGUCAAGUUGAGUGCACAACAUUGGAUGAUGUGUCGAAGACAUUGGGAACUUGCUGUAGUUCGGCUCUGACUCUUGAGUGCAAAGCCCGCAGGAUCCAUGAUUAAGCUCUGCGUCCAACGGUGGCGGGACAACAAAGCACCCACCAGUCAAUUCUCUUCUUUUCCUUGCAGUGCAUCGGGGUUCCAGCGUUUUGACCCAUAGACAGAAUGUUACAACGUGAACUGGUAACAAGAGGCUACUAGGGGCUCCUGGCCUUACUACUAGGAGCAAGAAGCUACUGGGGGCUCCUGGCAUCGCUACUAGGAGCAAGGACGCUACAGGGGCUGUAGGUCCAGCGGUUCUAGCGCUUCGUGGCGAAGUGCCUGGCCUAUUGCCAGCCGAGGCGCAUAGUGGCGAAGCUAUGGCGCCCAACUAUUACAGUGCCUAUGGAGGCUAUGGUGGCAUGCCCCGGCCAAUGUCGCACCCCUUGGAGCAUGCACACAAGGUGUGAGGCUUGCUGCUCUGUGCCAAGGCUGUACACGGCAUGAAGGAGAUACAGUAGACCCUACUGACAGUGCAUGUUAAUUUGCUCAUAUAGAGCCUUGUGUUGACCAUAAUUCAACUCUUGCCAGAACAUGUUCGGCAAGGUCCAGGCCUCCACCCGAGC